CUGAUAUGGCCUCCCUCUCACCUGCCCCAAUUUCACCUCUCCCAGAUAGGGCCUCCCUCUCACCUGCCCCAGAAGCUGCCCCAGCUUCACCUGUCCCUGAUAUGGCCUCCCUUUCACCUGCCCCAUUUCACCUGUCCCAGAUAUGGCCUCCCUCUCACCUGCCCCAGAAGCUGCCCCAGUUUCACCUGUCCCAGAUAUGGCCUCCCUCUCACCUACCCCAGAAGCUGCCCCAGUUUCACCUGUCCCAGACAUGGCCUCCCUCUUACCUGCCCCAGUUUCACCUGUCCCAGAUAUGGCCUCUCUCUCAACUACCCUAGAGGCUGCCACAGAGGCUGCCCCAGUUUCACCUGUCCCUGACAUGGACUCUCUUUUACCUGCCCCAGUCUCAUCUCCCCAUGACAUGGCUGCUGGGUUAGCUACCCCAGAUAUAGCUCCAGUGUCUCCCACUCCUGAUAUGGCCUCUCUUUCACCUACCCCUGAUGUGGCCCUCCUCUCAAGUGCUCUUGUUAAUGCCACUCCAUCUGAUGAUGAUGUAACCUCUCCCUCGCCUAUGCAUGAUAUGGCCCCUCCACCUUUAGUGGUUAAUAAUGUGCCUUCAUUAUCAUCACCUAAUGAUGUGCCUUCAUCACCUGUUUGUGAUGUGCCCUCUCCAUUACAUGCCAAUAUUGUGUCCCCUCCCUCCCCUGUUAGUGAUGUGCCUUUGCCUUCUCCCACCCAUAAUAUAGCCUCUCCUUCCCCGAGUGAUGGUGUACCCUCACCUUCCCUCACCCAUGAUAUGCCCUCACUUUCACCUACCCCUGAUGUGCCUUCACCAUCCCCAGAGCAUGAUGCCUCAUCCUCUGGGCAUGGCAGUGCAGCCUCCCCUACUUUGCAGCAUGAGUUCAUUUCCACAGACCUCCCAGACCAGGACCAGCUAAAAUCUCAGUCUCAACAGGAUGACCAGACCCUCUUUGCCUUUCCCACAAAGAAUCUGAAGGGACAACCUCUGUCCCUUCUCCAGGCUGAUGACCCUCAUGACCGGUCCCUCUCACCUGUUGGAGACAUGAAUCCAUCACCAUCAUCAUCACAUGAAAAUGAAUUCAUCUUUAACUCCCCCAUUUCUCUGCAUGAAAGUGAUUCCAUCUUUAAUGCUCCUUCUUUUUUGCAUGAGAAUGAUUCUGAUGUAAGCUCCCCACCACCUACACCAAAGGAUAUUGAAGUGAAGUCUCAUUCUGAAGAUGUGCAUGUGGUAUCUCUCCAUAAAGAUGAUUCCUCUUAUACAUACUCUUUCCAUGAUGCUAAUGUGCUCUCUGAGACACUUCCUCAUGACUAUGGGGUUGAUGUUAAUUUCUCGUCUUCCCACAAUGAUGACACUGAUAUGCAAAGGUCUCUCCACUCAGAGGUGAUAUCUAGUGAUAAUGUUACAGCCCUGAAAAUCUCAGAACUUGCAGAAACUUCAAUUCUUGAUGUUGCAGAAGAUGUAAAUGUUAUACAAGCCACAGAAUUACAAACUAAUGUGCAAGAAUCCACUUCAAAAUUUGAAACGGAGUCUGUUACUGAAUCUUCAAUCAUGAGUCAAAGAGAUGACAAUGAAGCUCUGUCACUGUCCACAGAAAACUCAGAUAUGCCCUUGGAACCUUCAGAUAACCGUGAAGCAGAGACAGAGAACAAGGAAAACUCGGACAUUCUAGAUUUUGAAGAUACUAUUCAAAAGUCACAUGAGGAUUUGAGAGAGAGUGUAAAAGAUGCUUUAGAUUCAGGGGAUGAAUUAGAUAUAAUAUCCCAAACUGAAAGUUCAUUAGAAUCAAUGAUCAUUAAGACUGACCUCGAUGCUAAUAGUAACACUGCUAGCAUAAAAGAAGCCGGAGAACUUUCAUCAAUUAAGUCAGAAAUUGUUAUGGAUUAUGUUAUUCAUUCUAAUCCUGAGACUCAAAUGGAUGUUCUUCCAUCAGAGAAACUUACAAAGGGUGAGUCUAUUGAAGUUCUCUCUGAAAAUUAUGAAACCUCUCUUACUGAGGAAACAAGGACCUUCCAGAGGUCAGUGAACACACCUCUAUUUUAUUUAAAGAUAAUAUUGCAGAAUCUCCUGUUAAUGAGCCGGUGUACUCAUUUGUGAUGGAAUCACAGGGAGAUGACUUAGACAAAGCUGUUUUUUUGCAUGGAGGUAAGGAAACAGUACCAUCUGCAUCAACCAUUGUUGAAGAAUCUCCUAUUGGUGAUGUGGAUUCCCAAAGUUUACUAGAGCUAGAGGAACAUAAACUAGAAACACAGAUUUCUGAAAUUUCUCUGGAAAAGAACAGUAUGUCUGACUUGGAACAAGACCAGGAAAAAACUAGCGAGGACGCAGUUUCUGAGAAUGAAAUGCACAUUCCAAUUAAGUCUGUUUUUGAGGAGGAGCUUGAAAGAUCUGCUCAGAAUUUUUCCAUUUUUGAGACCACACCAGACAGCUUUAUGGGCUCACCAAUGCAGGUGAUUCCAGAAAGUCCCUCAGAAACCUCAGCUUUUGCAACAGAUGACACCAUUCCUUUUAUUCAGACAGAGAGAAAUGCCUCCGGACAUAGUUCACUGACAGAUGAAUUUAAAAUGAAUACCAUAAUAGAAGAAAAUGAUAGCUUUUCUAACUUUGAGGCUAAAUCUGCAUAUUAUGAGAACGAAGCUCAAAAGGCUUCGUCCCGCUCCAGAUCUUCAUCUAACUCGAGUCACAUAUGACCACAUUGUAAAUGAGCAAGAAGCAGAGAAUGCUGACAAGGGAAAUGUAGCAGAUUUUGACACAGUUUAUGCUAAGAGUAAUC